CAGUUGGGCACGCUAUAGUUCAAAUCAAGGGUAAAUAAGGACUUUAACAUGAAUCUAAAGACCAGGAUGCUGAGACCACCUCUCACGAUCAUGUUAGUUUCCAGUUUGCUUAGUGCUUCACUGUCUGAUUCUGUAAACAUAAGACUUGUCAAUGGCCGUGGCACCUGCUCUGGUAGAGUGGAGGUCAAUGUUACUGGCCAGUGGGGAUCAGUGUGUAAUGAUGGCUGGAACAUUACUAAUGCAGAGGUCGUGUGCAGAGAGCUGGGUUGUGGCAAACCGGUCGGCGCUAAUGGCAGUGCCAGCUUCGGUAAGGGAAGUGGGCCUAUAUAUCUGAUUAAUGUUCGUUGCUCUGGACCAGAGAACAUCAUCACAGAAUGCUCUCAUAAUAAAGUUCAAAAGCGCAACUGCAGUCAUGAUGAAGAUGCUGGUGUUACUUGCUCAGAAAGAAUGUUUUUAGCAUCACUGACUCCCUUCAUCAUUUCUGGAGUGGCAACAGGACUGUUACUCAUAUUAAUGCCAAUCAUCAUUUACUUCACAAACAAAUACAAUAGGGAAAAAACACAGAUCACAGAAGAUGCAAACAUGGAUAGUGAAGGUUUUGAAACCACUCACAGUAUUAUUGGAGUGAGAAAUGAGAUGGAUGAUGAUUAUGAAAAUGCAGAAGAUGUUUUUCUCCAGAGAGAAGAUUCACAUGUUUCUGAUGAGGACUAUGUUAAUGUAGAUAUGCACACAGAAAAAUUGGAACUGGGCAAUAAUAAUGAAGGUGCCAAAUACACCAACCCGAGAAUCUCUAUGAGGAAUGAGAUCGAUGAUGAAGAUGACUAUGAAAAACCACAGACAAUUAUUUCAGAGAAAGAAGAUUCAGAUGUCAAUGAUGACGACUACAUCAAUGUAGAUGCUGGUGUGGAGAAAAUGUCAGUGUGCAGUGACUGUCCUGAAAAAACACACAAGACUACCCACGUGGAGAUGGAGACAGACUCUGAAAAUGAUUAUGAAAAUGCAGAAGCCACUGUCCACCAGAGAGAGAAUUCGGAUGACUCGGAUGAGUCGGAUGAGGACUAUGUCAACGUAGAUCGUGGUGAUGGCUAGGGGAAAGUCGUCCCAUUAUGAUUUAGAAUGUAUUAUUUAAUGUUUUCAUCUUGAAGCACCUUAACAGUAAAAUGAUUUGAACACCAUUAAUCAGACUGGAGUACAUUUUUAUAGAUUUAAUCAAACAUUUUAAGCUAAUGAUAAAUGCAUUAGAAUAAAAAUAAACUAUAAUUUUACCAUUCAAAAUUAUUUAGGAUAAUGAAUAUGCACACCAUGUGCAAAUGUAAAAUUAAUACAAAAAAAACAGCAAUGUUCUUGUAAGAAAGAUUCUCCAGACUGAUUGGAAUCCAUGAUACCCGUUUACUCAAAUCACACAAAAACCGAAAUCCGAUCCAGAAACAGUCCAAAACCACUGGUGGUGACGGCGGGUAUUACAACUGACAAUUGUAAGUACAUAUUGUUUACUUUUUGCUCUGUGUUCCAGUUUUUACACUAUAGUUCACUAUUAUUUAUGUAUGCAAUGUUAGCUCAUGAAAUGCAUAUUUAACUUAUUCUCAGAUAUUUUCCUGAGACACUGUGACUUUAAUAGUGAAAAUGAACAAUCAGUAUCAACAAUCAUCUCAUCCAUAUACUACAUCAUACACUAUAUAGACAGAAGUAUUGGGACUCCGCUCAUAAUUAUUGAGUUUAGGUGUUUCAACCACACAAAUUGCUAGCAGGUGGUUAUAAUUAAGCAUUUAGCCUUGUAAUCCCAAUAGACAAACAGUGGCAGUAAGAUCGUACUGCCCUGCCCCAAGUCAGUUUGUGAAAUUUUUGUCCUGCUAGAUCUGCGCCUGUCAGCUGAAAGAGUUGGAAUCAACAUAAAUGAAAGAACUGCAUCUGGAGCUUAGCAGCAUGCUAGCUAGAAUAGCGAUAGGGUGGGCUAAGGGGCUUAAGAGUGUUUGUUGAUGUAUCUGUCUUUUGUUCUGUAUU